GAGCCCGGCUCCUGCGCUCAGGCUGUUUCGGGGCGAGCCCCUCCCGGAGCUGUCUCUGCGCCUGGCACGGGCUGGGGAGGCCGCCGCAGGUGUAUCGGCCACGGAAAGCCCGGAGCGGAGCGGAGCCGGGGCGCGGGGCUCGGAGCGCACGGGGAUGGGCGGCGCUCAGCUUCUCGCUGGUUCCUGAGCGCUGCCGCGGGCCGCCUGAGCGGCGGGGCUGAGAUCAUGGCACCGAGGGAAGCCCCUUCGCCCUGCCCCUCCUCCAGCUGAAGGAGCAGCCGGCAGGAAGCAGCUGCCUGGAUGCGAGAGCGGCCGAGCCCGGCUCUGACGCCCACUGCCUUGGCUGGAGAUGGCUGAGUUGCCCCUCUGCCCCCGCUGACCCCCGGCCUGGGCUCCGGCAGCAGGCUCCAUGCCAGGGCUACAUCAGAUGCUCAACACCAUUUACGAGUCGGAUUCUGUUUUCUCCCCAGAUGGAAUUAAAGGAGGAGAAGCGAGUGUGAGCUUGGCCCAAGGAAGCGGCGCCUCCAGCCAGACUGCUGUGAACCUGUGCGUCUCCCUGCGGGUGCCUCAGGCUGUCCCCAUGGACCUGCGGAUCGGACAGCGCUUUGUCAAGCCCGGCUCCGACACCGCCCUGCUGGCUCUCAAGCAGACCCAGCAGCUGCAGCACCAGCUCUUCUUGGCCAGCCUGCACCAGCAGCAGAUGGAGCAGUUCACCCACCAGCACGUGCGGGUGAACAUGGACUCCCCGCAGCGUGAGGCAGAGGCUGGGCAGCAGGACCAGGAGCUGCGGCUACUCCUCAAUAAGGACAAGAGCAAACGAAGUGCUGUGGCGAGUACAGUGGUGAAACAGAAGCUGGCCGAAGUCAUCCUGAAGAAACAACAGGCAGCUUUGGAAAGGACCAGCAACCCCAGUGGCCCCACCAUGCCCUACAGAUCACUGGAGCCCCUGGAUACUGAAGGCCCUGCCCCUCCUGUGCUCAGCCCCUUCCUGCCACAAGUCCCCAACAGUUCCAUAGACCCUCCGGAGCACUUUCCUCUGCGGAAAACAGCAUCUGAGCCCAACCUGAAGGUGCGAUACAAGCCCAAGAAGUCGGUGGACCGGCGUAAGAACCCACUGACCCGCAAGGAGAGUGCACCCCCUUCCCUGAAGAGGAGGCCAGCAGAGGCCAUUGACUCGUCCCCCAGCAGUAGCAGCACCCCUGUGUCUGGCUGCAGCUCCCCCAACGACAGCCUCCCAGCGGAACAUGGAGUCCCCCCCGCUGGGCCCAGCAUGGCCCACGAGGGCGACGCAGACCGCCGCUCCCUCUCUGGCUUGGCACACCGGGUGCCAGUGCUGAAUGGGCCUGUCCUCUCGGGCACCCACUCAUCCAUGUUCAUACCAGCUGGCUUGGAGCAGCAUGAGCCUGGAGGGCCUCUGUCCCCUCGGCUUCAGCCUGUCAUUAUUCUUGAGUCCUCGGUCACCCACGCACCACUUGUGGCAAUGCCAGGCCUGGGGACGGUCCCGUUCCACUUCGCCCACUCACUCAUCCCCACCGACCGGCUGUCGCUGGCAGGCCACCACAAACCACUGGGGCGGACCCGCUCUGAGCCCCUGCCCCCCAACCCCAAGGCCAUCCAGCAGCAGCUGGCGUACCAGCAGCACCAUGCCCAAUUCCUGGAGAGACUCAAGCAGCAGACACACUUGGGAAAGCUCAUGACCAAGUCCAGUGAGAAGUCUCGUCUGCGGCAGAUCCCCUCCUCGGAGGACAUGGAGGCCAAGGAGGGGCUCCCAGAGGGAGUGAGUGAGCGCGGUGACCAGCCUAGGGGCCGAGUGGAGCUCACGCGGCCAGGGGUCAGCACAAAGGAGCCUGAACGGAGCCCAAAGCUGAUGCAGCCACAGGAGGAGCUCGUCUUGCAGCAGCAGGCCUACCUGUGGGAGCAUCACCAGCGCCUGCAGCACUCGCUCCUCAAGCGGCAGCCACCAGCCGACUCCCUGAUGGUCCCUGUCACACAUGGAGGGCACCGACCUCUCUCCAGGGCCCAGUCAUCUCCUGCCACUGCUACCAUCGCCCUUCCUGCCCAGGACGCACCCACCAAGACACUCUCCCUGCCGGUGCAAGAGCCACCAAUCAAACCGCACUUCACAACAGGGCUCGUGUAUGACUCCGUGAUGCUCAAACACCAGUGCUCCUGCGGGGACAACAGCAACCAUCCCGAGCAUGCUGGGAGAAUUCAGAGUAUCUGGUCCCGCCUGCAGGAGCGGGGUCUGCGCAGCCAGUGCGAGUGUCUGCGGGGGCGCAAGGCAACCCUGGAGGAGCUGCAGUCAGUGCACACUGAGCGCCACGUCUUCCUCUAUGGCACCAACCCCCUCAAUCGCCUCAAACUGGACAACGGGAAACUGGCAGGGAUCCUGUCGCAGAGGAUGUUCGUCAUGCUGCCCUGUGGGGGGGUGGGGGUGGAUAGCGACACUAUCUGGAACGAGCUGCACUCCUCCAAUGCCGCCCGCUGGGCCGCUGGUAGCGUCACUGACCUGGCCUUCAAAGUGGCCACGAGGGAGCUCAAGAACGGUUUUGCUGUGGUGCGACCCCCAGGACACCAUGCGGACCCUUCCACAGCCAUGGGUUUCUGCUUUUUCAACUCAGUGGCAAUCGCUGCUAAGCAGCUGCAGCAGAAGGGGAAGCUGAGCAAGAUCCUCAUUGUGGACUGGGAUGUUCACCAUGGAAACGGCACCCAGCAAGUGUUCUACAAAGACCCAGACAUUCUCUACAUUUCAUUACAUCGCCAUGAUGACGGCAACUUCUUCCCUGGCAGUGGGGCAGCCGAUGAGGUUGGCUCUGGCGCUGGCGAGGGAUUUAAUAUCAAUGUGGCUUGGACUGGUGGGCUCGACCCACCCAUGGGGGAUCCAGAGUAUUUGGCAGCUUUCAGAACUGUUGUGAUGCCGAUCGCCCAUGAGUUCUCCCCAGACGUCGUGCUGGUGUCUGCGGGGUUUGACGCAGCCGACGGCCACCCACCGCCGCUGGGAGGCUACAAAGUCUCUGCCAAAUGCUUCGGCUACCUGACCCGACAGCUGAUGAGUCUGGCAGGAGGAGCCAUCGUCCUCGCCCUGGAAGGGGGCCAUGACCUCACAGCCAUCUGCGAUGCCUCGGAGGCCUGUGUGUCUGCCCUGCUGGGCAAUGAGCUGGAUCCCCUCCCUGAGGAGAGCAUGAGGCAGAAGCCGAACCCCAAUGCCGUGCGCUCCUUGGAAGCAGUGAUCCGGGUCCAGAGUAAAUACUGGGGCGCUGUGCAGCGCUUUGCCUCCAAGGUGAGCUGCUCGUUCCUGGAGGCGCAGCACCAUGACCCAGAGGAGGUGGAGACGGUGACGGCCUUGGCCUCCUUGUCGGUGGCAGUGAUGGUGGAGAAGAGGCCACAGGAUGAGCCGAUGGAGGAAGAGGAACCCAUGAAUCAGUGAUGAGUGGUGCUGGUUUCUGAGUCGCCAGUGGCAGGAAGGAGUCUGGACUCUCCCUAGCCAGUGACUUGCUCUCUUGGCUCCCUGUUUGCCACAUUGUCCUCUCUCCCCAAGUCACCCCUGGAACGGACUGGCCCUCCAGCUGCGGCAUCUGCAGGUCACCCGCAAAGGAGCCCACUGCUGUCUGGGAAUCACCUUCCUGCUUGGGAUCAGCUGAGGACCAGAAACUCCCUCUCCAAGGAUCUACCCUGCAGUGCUUGGCAAAGUGCCUUACACCUGCUCUCCCCUCAGGGCCUUCCAGGGGUGUAAAGGGCCAACGGGGUGUGAGAAGGCCUCUGCCCUGCCCGCUUGGUGGAGAGCUGCUUUUCUCCAAGGGCUCAUCCUGGUGGCAGUGGGGAACGGGACAGGUGUUGGGAUGGACAGCGGUGGCUGACGUGCAGUUCAGACCCAACCUCAGGAUUGUGCCCCUUCUCCAGACAGCCAAAGGUUCCUACAGGGACCCCCCGCACUGCAUGCUCCUGGGAGGGGGGAUGGAACAUUCUUUGUACCUUUGUCUGGGAGCGAUCAGAGCCUCCUGCCAGGCAUGAGGUGGGAGUUAGGGGUCACGAUGACUUGGGGCUUGAGCCCGUUGUGAAUGAAAAGAGGUUAGAGGAUGGUUGACGACAUGCAAAUCACAGGGAAGCCCUGGACUCCAGUGUCCCAUGUGCCCAGAACUGCAAGCCUGGGACCUGGUCACCUUAACCACUAACCAGAGCGUGAGGCUUUGGGGACGGGGCCUCUCUGAUUUGCACUAUCUGCAGAUUACACAUGUCCUAAUGUGCACCUGACAUACCCUUCUUUCUAUGGGACUUUGGGGAACAAACUCCUCUGCAGAUGGACGUUCACAAGGUGAUCUGAGUCCUGGAACAACCAGCUAGGCCAGUGACCUGAGGAUCCAUGUCUAACGGGGCCCUUUGUCCUGCUCCAGGAGGGGGGGCUUCUUCCAGAGUAGCCAUUGAGGGCUUUCCCAGUGUCCUUCAGACAGCCCUCACGAGGGAGCCUGCCUUUGCCCCCAGCCCAGCUGCCGAGGAGAACCAGGGCAUCUCUGGGCUAACAUGGGCUCCGCUCACCACAGGGCUGAGCGCUGCUUAGUGCUUAGCUGGCCCAGGGUGCACACGUCAGAAACACGCCAGAGAGCCCCCAGGAUUCAGCUAGGGCCUCUCUGGAGUGAGCAGAAACCCCAGCCCAGUUCCUGCUCCCCUAGAAGUCGCAAGUGCUGUGCAGACCCUGCCCGAGCUCAGGACCCCAUCAUCCAAGGUUCUGCACAGACACCCCUCCACCCCCCGACAUCGAGGCCCUGUAAGCCUGAUGCUGCACAGACCCCAGCCAAGAUCAGGGCCCAGUCAUGCUAGCUGCUGCACAGACCCCAGCCAAGAUCAAGGUCCUAUCAAGCCAGGUGCUGCGCAGACCCCAGCUGAGACUGGGGCCCUGUCAAGCCAGCACUACACAGGCACACAGUGACUGACCGUUCCUUUCCUCAACUUCGGUGGGACUAGGAUCUGGGCUGAUCUUGCAAAGAGUUUCCCCCUCCCUGGGUAGACCACAUGGGUUCACACACACGCCCCUGUAGCCUUGGCUCCUUCCACCCACACAGCUGGAGGAGACCAAUGGUUCUGCACCCCAGAAAUGGCACUGGAGAGCCUGUGUCCUCCAGAAUUGGCAGCUUUUACAGCCCCCACCUGACCCUGGCUUCACUGUUUGUAUCAUCCCACAGCGACACGGAAGAGCUAAAAACAGCCCCCUCACCGUUAAACAGAUUUUGCAGAGGAACAGAGUUGGGCCAGCUGGCAGCAGGUUCCUGGGAGAAGAGCAGGCCCCCCCAAAACACCAGCUUCAGCUUGCGCUGCAAGCCCACACCUGGGUUAAUCUCACUCCAGCUGACUCCUCGUGUCCAGUCUUCUAGUGUAAUGGGAGCAAGCCCUCACCAUUUCUUUAGAGAGGGGCCUGGCUCAGAAACUGAUGUGACAUGCAGCAAUGGGAGCAGUUGGGACCAUUAUCUGGGGCCUGUGUGAUGGCCACAAGCACUUGCUGGGGGGCGCGCCCCUUGGCUGAACUGAGUGUCUCCUUGGGUCCAUGCCAAUGUCCAAAACAGAAGCAGACAGGAAGUGUGGGGACAUGCAUUUCAGUGAGACCAGUGGGGCAGACCGCAGGGCCUGGGAUACCUGGCCAGGCUCUGGAGGUGUGGAGUAGGCACGCAGGGCUGGGUGUCUGGCGAGGCGCUGUCUGCAGGGAGAGGGGCAAGUCUGUUUGUAAAAAUAUAAAAAAGAGGAAAAAAGACCUUGGAAGAAUAAAUGUUUCUUUGCCUUUGAACUGCACAAGCUGUGUGCGGGGAUAUGGCUGCAUCGUCGACCUGGGGCUCAGUCACACAGGACACAGCUCAGACUGCGCCAUGGCCUGCACCAUCCACGUGCUCCCCUGGAUGUGGCUUCCCCGCCAGAGCCUGAUGAACGUGUUCCCCCCAGAGCCCAGCGCUCGUGUGGUCUGUUGUCCCCUCCCCAGUGCUCCAUUGAUACAUUCCCCCUAGAGCCUAAUGGCCCUGUGGGUCUGUUGUCCCCUCCAGAGGCCAAUGCCCUGUGGGUGUGUUUCCCCCCCAGAGACUGGCUGCCUUCUGGAA